AUGGGUAGGCGACUUAAGGAACGAGCUGCCGCUAUUGCCCAAGCCGCCGAUGCUGCUAUUGCUGCUGCUGCCCAUGGGGGAAAUGUUAAUCGUUGGAAUGACAAUGGGAAUAGACAGAUGCAUCAGUUGGUAGAGCAGUUCUUGAAGUUGAAACCGACGAAGUUUACCGGGAAAGGUGACCCAGAAGCUGCACCUCGUUGGAUAGAGGAUUUGGAGAAAGCAUUUAGCGUGUUGGGUUGCACCGAAGAGGAGAAAGUAACGCCGGCGAUAUAUCGGUUGCGGGACACGGCUAGUGAUUGGUGGAAGGCCACCGGGGGAAGAGUUUUCCCGGAGGGGGUAGCGUUGAAUUGGACUAUCUUCACCGAAGUCUUCAAUGGAAAGUAUUUUUCUGAGAUCGCUCAAGAGCAGAAAUUGUUAGAAUUUCAGCAGCUUCGCGAGAACCAUAUGACGAUAGAUCAGCAUGAGGUUGAAUUCUCGAGACUGUCAAAGUAUGCUCCGAGGAUGGUAGAGAAUCCGCUGGACAGAGCGAGAAGGCUCCGGGAUGGGUUGAGGCCGGAACUUCGUAGUCAACUGAUCCCGUUGAAUUUGAGGGACUAUGAUGAGCUGUAUGAGCGGGGUCAGAUGGUGGAGCGAGACAUGAAAGAGAGGGCUGCGGCAUCCGGAUCGCGGUUCAUGCCAGCCCGGGACAAUUGCCGGUUUGGCAAGAGGCCUAUGAUGGGAAACCGAUGCUUCGACCCUCCAGUUAGGAGAAAUAAUGGGAAACCGAUGUAUUAG